AUGGCUUCAUUCACACGAGCCAUAUCAGGUCUGGCCGUGAAGAAAAUGCGUAAGAAUCAACGAGGAUUCAAUCCCGUGAUAAAGGUGGGUCUGAAGCCCACGCCGACGGCAGAGGAAGCCCAAGGAAGAGGCAUCAUGAGCACAAAGUAUCAAUUGGCCAUCGCUGCAGCAAAGGAGCUCGGUCAGCUCGGCCAACCAUACAACAGGCUCAAAGAAAAGCACGACGACCUACAGUACUACACCUACGGGUGCGAUGACGGUGGUACCUCUGAAGAUUUGGAAUGGCACGUGCGGCAAACUAUAGUUCCUCAGAUCAUCCAACAACUCUUAACCAAGAGGUACUUGCUAGUGGUUGAGAACCUCGAGUGGCCCAUUGAGCCUGGCAGUUUAGCACUAGAAGAUGUCGGGCUUCCUCCACCUAGCUGGGCAUAUUCUCAGUGGCUCAUCUCGACGACUUCUCGUGAUGUCUACAAUAAGAGCAAGUCACAAGAUGAUCGAGUUAUAUCCAUUCUAUCAGAUGACCUGGUUGUCGUGCUUAUCAUCUAUGCAAUGCAUCAAUCAGCGGAGCACAUACACAGUGUGAUGCAUCAAGGAAGCAAGGAGUACUGGCAUCGCAUAUCCCUCGACUGCUUCCACUAUGCCAUGACGCUGUUUGUUGGACAUUCACAAGUGGUGGAUGUUACCUCGGAGGAGCUCAUCCACCAGUGGGCCACCCAAGGCGUCAUCCCGCAGCCUCAUAUGACCAUCAAGGAAGACGAAGAAACCAAUACCAUCAGCAGCAAAUGUUCCCAUAUGCAUCGAGUUGGAAGGGUCAUCCUUGAAGCAUUUCACAAGUACUCCUUGUUGCAGCUACCUUUUUCUCCUGCUACUGAAGCUUAUGAAGCCUCCAAUACCGGCGCACAAUUCUUUCUAUACCACGGCCUCAUUGCAGAAAGCAUCACACCUGAUGAACUCUUUGAUAACAAGAAGAAAUGGAUUUCCUUCAAUGGUGACCAUGGAUGGCAUGUAAGCCGAGAAUGGUUGAGACCAGAGGAAACAAGGGGCCCAACUACACUUAUUCUAAGAGGCUGCUCACAUCAAUCACUCAUACUUUCCAAGCUGGACAGUUUCUUGCCCAAGCUUUGUUUUCUUCGUGUUCUUGAUAUCUCCUAUACUCCAAUAAAAUCACUCCCUUCAUCCAUAGGUUGCCUAACAAACCUUCGGCUGCUUUCCCUCAGAGGCUGUCAUGGUUUAAAAACUCUUUCUUAUUCAUCCACAAUUAGUCCCACGAACACAUCAACAAAUACUACUUCAAACUCACCAUUAUCGACUCUAUACCUGCUUGAAAUUCUUGAUAUGAAUGGAGUUCCUUUUUCCCAUCUGACACAAGAUGUAGCCAACCAAAAGUGGAAUUUAAUACAUCUGGACAUGUCCUAUUCAGAAAUAACUACUUUCCCCCCCGAUUUCUUCGAGGACAUGUCAAACCUUGAAGAGCUUAUCCUGACCAGUUGCUCCAACCUUGUGGAGCUACCUCCUUCCAUGGCUUCUCUAUCCAGCUUAACGACCCUUGUGGUCAUUGGGACUCAAAUAAAAUAUUUUCCGAAAAAGAUAUUUGAAGAAAUGCAGAAGCUGCAGUCGCUCAAGCUCAUUGACAACAAGAACUUGGUGUCACUCACAAGACAAACCUCUAGGGUCCAAAGAAUGAAAUUGGAAGGGCAUCCUAGCCUUAUAUCCUUCAUGCUAAUUGGCGCACCUCACAUAAGGCACUUGUCUUUGCGAGGAUGUAAAAAACUUGAGUCGAUCGAGAUCAAGAAUCUUGGUGCUUUGGAGGAGCUAGAUUUGUCUGGUACAGCUAUCAAGGAGCUCCCUGCUGACAUCCCUAAUAUUCCCCAGCUUAGGCGAUUGCUCUUGCUUGGUGUUCCUUCCUUGAGGCGAUUUCCUUGGCAUAGGCUGGACCGACUCCCGGCUGUGUUUUACUUGGAUCAUUCUUCAGAAGAAAAUGGCAAUCAUUCUAAUCAGAUUUCCCAUGUGUGUGUUACUGACCCCAAGUUCUUCCAUAGCUUCCGUAACACUGUUGUCGAUUUAGUAAGAGAAGGACGGUUUCUCCAAUCAUUCUAUGUUCGUGUCGCACCAUGCAUUACAAACAGCAUGCAUCUGCAAGAUGAAGAAGGCAUGCUCAGUAGCAUGUUGCAGGAGUUAGUGAAGAAGGAAUCAACUUAUGUGGAUGUGUACGGAAGCUUUUAUGCAGACGAAAUUGCAAUGGUGCCACCGGUUACGAUUCCCCUUCGCCGAAGUGAGCGCCACAUGGAGAUCACUGGGAAGCAGUCCACACUUGAUGGUUUAAGGUAUCUUCUAAUUACCACCAAAUCAAUAACGGUGACAUGUGCUUCUUCUAUCGACUAUUUUUCUCGGGAGAUCGAUUUUCAAGAGCUGGAAGAAUGCGAGCUACAUCGGUGCCAUAAAAUGACAAAGGUUUUCUAUGAAACCAAUGGCUUAAAAAAUCUAUUGAAUCUGCAUGUUUGUGACCUCAAAAGUCUAGACUCGUUAUGUGCACAAUACUACCAUUAUACCUUCAGUUCACUGGAGCACCUGCACUUGGAGGACUGCCCAAGAUUGGAGCAUGUGGUGCCACAUAUAGCAACUCUGCCAUGCCUCAAGACACUUGACAUCCUGUUCUGCUACAACCUCAAGACAAUUUUCAUCAGCAGUUAUACGGAAGAUGAUACUUAUCAGCUGCCAUGCCUCCAAAGGAUACGUCUCCAGGAGUUGCCACUCCUACAACACUUCCACACCAAGGACGCUACCAUCACAACACCUGUGUGGAAGGAUCUCCAUGUUCGGGGGUGCUGGAGCCUCCGACGCCUCCCACUCCUAGAAGGACUCCAGCCGGAGAUAGUGAAGGUGAACGGGGAAAGGAGCUGGUGGAGCAAGCUCCAGUGGGGCUCACCCCUGCACCGCGACAACUACGACCCCAAGCUUCCCCCGGAGUUCGCCUCCUUCGACGAGCGCGCCGAGAUGAGCAGCUACCUCAGAUGAAUCAACCCAUGCUCCAUCAACACAUCCUUCCGUCCAUCAGUCGUGUUCCACCAUACGUCCGUGCUGUAUAUA